CAAAGAAAGUAACGCACUGUUGCUGUUUCGCAGCUCUAAAAUGUGAGUUAAAGACAAAAGUCCAAGGCUAUAUGUAGCAAUACCAAAGGGUGGGGUAAACAUUUGUAAUCGAGCAAAAUCACACCCGAAUUGAUCAGAAUGUGUGCUAUUAUAGUAGCUAGCUAACGCUGGCUAGCUAUGCAACAAUUAAGUUUUCAUUUGGAUGGCUUCUCGUCUUGUGUCUUCAGCUCCAAUGAUUUGUGCAUGAAAUAAUAAAUAACUAUGUCUCGAGUUACCAAGAAAGCGUCGUCUGUGUGUACAGACAGCCCACUGAGCAUGAGUGAAGUCUGUCGGAAGAUGACACUGAUGAGGCAGAUCCUCACCUCUUGUUUCGGACCCAAUGGUAGACUGAAGCAAGUCCAUAACAACGUUGGCGGACACGUCCUGACCACAUCCACCUCUACAUCCCUACUUCAAGCUGUCUCCUCAUCGGAGCCAUUACUCAAACUCAUAACUGCCUCCAUCCUAAAUCACCUGUCUCGGUUCAGUGACUGUGGUCUGUACACUGGCAUCCUCUGUCUUUCCCUCAUUGACCAUGUUCAGAAGUCUGGCUUGAGACCAAGUGUUGCGAUCAAAAUCAACAAACAACUAUUGGGGGUUUGCACCAGUUUCCUCAACCAGGAGGACUGCGGCUGUAAAGUGAAUGUCGAUUUCAACAGCUGCCCGACCUUGGUGACACUAGCCAGGAGUGUAAUCUCUAGCAAACCUGCUUGUGUGUUGACUGAGAGAGAGCAACAGCAUAUCAGCACGUUGGCUGUCCAUGCCUUUCUACUGACUGUCCCCUGUGGUGACACCCGGGGCUCCCCAGACAGAGUCCGUCUCGGUAGGACUGUGACCGUCUCCAGCGAGGGACACUUUGUGCUAGACUCUGCCGUGUUUCCAGGUCUGCUGGUGAAUGCCCCAGACAUGCAGCUUCACCCCACAGACUCGGAGAGAACCAGACGGGGGCCCGGUCCCUUCCGACUGGCCCUGUUCACGGUGUCUCUCUCAGGGGAUCUAUCUGAGCUCGGAGUGGAGUCCCUGGAGGUGCACCGUGGAGCCCCUGACCCAGAAGAGCUGAUCCUGGAUCAGUUACUGAGGCUGGGCGAGCAGGCCGUUACGGACCAGGUGGAGGUGUUUAUGUGUCAGAGAGUGAUACACCCUGUACUGCAGCAUUACCUCCGGAGGCACGGGGUCCUGGUCAUAGAGAGACUCGGCAUUGCAGUCAUCGAGCCCAUUGUUCAAAUGACAGGUGCUCAAGCAGUGGCUUUGUACCAGACCCCUAUCCCUCCUGAGGCCUAUGGCCAGGUGAAAGGCUGCUGUGUCAGGACCAUUGGAUCCAGAGAGAUGCUGCACCUCCUUCCCCCUCAGGAACCAGCACCAGCUGUCUGCACUAUGGUCCUCUUCCACAGGAACGAGACCAUGCUCAACGAACUGAAGACUGCCUGUCAGAGGGCAGAGCAUGUGUUGAGGCUGACCCUGAGAGACCCAGUCGCUCUGCUGGGAGGAGGAUGCACUGAGACACACCUGGCAGCCUACGUCCGUAACAAGGGCACUACUGAAGCAGCGGAGGCAGCGUUAUCCCUGGGAGUCUCCCGGUCUCAGUACCUACUGGGACUGAACGGGUUCUGCUCCUCCCUGGAGACUGUAUCCCUGGCCCUGGAGCACGAUGGAGGAACCAGCCUCGUAGACCUGACCCACGCCCACCACUGGUCUGUGCCCCAGGGAGAGGGCCUCCAGUGGGGCGAUGGAGGUGAGGUGCCAGCCUCCUGUGGCUGUGGCCUGGUGGAGAGGAGGGCCAGGCCUGGGCUGGAGCUGGAGUGGACCCCCCUCAACACCAGGUACCCUUUUCGUCCUGUCCCCCUGGUUGUGGAUAAGGACACUGCCCCUACCCCUCAGCUCAGGGUGCUGGACUCCUUCACAGCCAAACUCAAUGCUCUGCAGGUUGCCGUGGAAAUGGCUAAUCUGGUACUGGACAUUAGAUACGUCAUCCAAGAUGUCAACUGACACCGACCUCUCUCUAUCUCUCUCUCUCUCUCUCUCUCUCUCUCUCUCAAUUCAAUUGAAAGGGGCUUUAUUGGCAUGGAAUGUGUUUACGUUGAAACAAACAAAACAAUGACAAUCAGCCUUUGACAGUAAACACACAACUUUCAAGAGAAUAACAGCGUUUCAAAUAUGAUAUUACUAGUUACUAGUUACUAGUAUAACAUUUAAAAUGUUACAUAAGCUAGGUGUUUUGACAAUGAAUAUAGUAGAAUGUACGAAUGACGGGGGGGGGGUGGAUAUGCAGAUAAAUAUAGGUUAUAUUACACUGGUGUUUCUGACCCACUGGUUGACCUUCUCUUGUGGCAGCAGGUCAACACAUGUUGCUGCUGUCUUCUCUUGCGAUCCAGGUCUGCCAACGGCGGCCUCUCUCAAUAGCAAGGCUAUGCUCACUGAGUCUAUACAUAGUCAAAGAUUUCCUUCAGUUUGGGUC